ACAUACAAUGACAUCCUUCACUAUUUCCGCUUUCCUUCUCUUGACACCACUUGUUUUUCACUUAGCCAAUGCAACAUUGUUCAACAUUAAAAACAACUGUGGACAAACCGUUUGGGCUGGUGCCGUGCCAACUGGUGGAGGCAAACGCCUUGAUCCAGGCCAAUCAUGGCUUUUAGAAGUUGCACCGGGCACAACAACAGCCCGUAUAUGGCCACGUACCGAAUGCAACUUUGACGGGUCAGGUCGAGGUAGUUGUGUGACUGGUGAUUGCAACGGCGUCCUUGAAUGCAAAUCAUUUGGUGCAACACCAAACACAGUAGCCGAGUUUGCUCUUAAGCAAUACGCAGAUUAUGAUUACUUUGACAUUUCUAUUAUCGACGGGUUCAAUUUGCCAAUGCAAUUUAGCCCCAAUUCCGGUGGGUGUACCCGAGGUAUUAAAUGUAACGCGAACAUCAAUGGUGAGUGUCCUGCCCAGUUACGGACUCGUGGUGGGUGCAAUCACCCAUGUACUGUGACCAAGAGUGAUAAGGAUUGUUGUCUCGGACAGUUUAUAGAAAAUUGUCAGCCAACUCCUCUGUCAAACUUUUUCAAGGAACGUUGCCCAGAUGUUUAUAGCUACAAAGCUGACAAAACUGCUACGUUUUCUUGUCCGAGCGGAACCAACUAUGAUGUUAUAUUUUGCCCUUCUUAAAACCAUCUGUUUAUUAAAGAGGUGCAGUGGCUCGAUCCAUAUAUAUAUAUAUAAAUAAUGAAAUAAAUGCACCAUGAUGCAUUAAUGUAUAAGUUAAUCUAGAUGGUAAAUAUAUCUUGAUGUAAGAGUCUCGAUCUUAAUUUGGUGUUUUAAUAAUAUAAGGUAACAAAUUAAAUUAA